AAACAUGGGUGACGCAGGCCCCACAUUGCCUGCUCCCCGUCCCACCCCUCCCUGAGCAGCCGCCCCGCCCGCUCCCUCCCUGAGAGCAAGAUACCGGGCCAGACACCCUCACCCACAGUGCUGAGCUGCCCAGGCUGAGGCAGGAAGAGGCCGGAGGCCAUGCCCAUGGGGUCUCUGCCACCGCUGGCCGCCUUGUACCUGCUGGGGAUGCUGGUCACUUCCUGCCUCGGACAGCUCAGCCUGGAGGACCCAGAUUUCCAGGUGAGGCUCACCAGCUCCAACUCAAGGUGCCAGGGCCAGCUGGAGGUCUACAUCAAGGACGAGUGGCACAUGGUUUGCAGCCAGAGCUGGGGCAGGAGCCCCAACCACUGGGAGAAGCCCAGACAAGUGUCAAAAGUCUGCCAUCAGCUGCACUGUGGGGUGGCCUUAAGCCUUGGCCCCUUCCCUAUCACCUUCACACAUCAGAGUCCAGUCAUCUGCCAUGGAUACCUGGGCUCCUUCUCCAACUGCAGCUACAGAAGAACAGACCCGUGUCAACCUCUCGGGCUGAUCUGCUUAGAGCCCCAGAUGACGACACCUCCACCCACAAGGCCCCCGCCCACCACAACUCCGGAGCCCACAGCUCCUCCCAGGCUGCAGCUGGUGGCACGGCCCGGGGGCUGGCAUUGUGCUGGCGUGGUGGAGUUCUACAGCGGCAGCCUGGGGGGCACCAUCAUCUAUGAGGCUCAGGACAAGACCCAGGACCUGGAGAACUUCCUCUGCAACAACCUCCAAUGUGGCUCCUUCUUGAAGCAUCUGCCAGAGCCCGAGGUAGCCAGAACCCAAGACGCAGGGGAGCUGUGGAAACGCAGGCCCUUGCCCAUCCAAUGGAAGAUCCAGAACUCCAGCUGUACCUCUCUGGAGCAGUGCUUCAGCAAAAUCAAGCCCCAGAAAAGUGGCCGAACUCUGGCCCUCCUCUGCUCAGGUUUCCAGCCCAAGGUGCAGAGCCGCCUGGUGGGGGGCAGCAGCAUGUGUGAAGGCACCGUGGAGGUGCGCCAGGGGGCACAGUGGGCAGCCCUGUGCGACAGCUCUUCAGCCAGGAGCCCACUGCGGUGGGAGGAGGUGUGCCAGGAGCAGCGGUGUGGUGGUGUCAACUCCUAUCGUGUGCUGGACGCUGGUGAGCCAACAUCCCAGGGGCUCUCCUGUUUCCAGCAGAAGCUGUCCCAGUGCCACGAGCUUCAGGAGAAAAACUCCCACUGCAAGAAGGUGUUCAUCACGUGCCAGGAUCCAAACCCCACAGGCCUGGCUGCAGGCACCGUGACAAGCAUCAUCCUGGCCCUGGUGCUCCUGGCGGUGCUGCUGGUCAUGUGUGGCCCUCUUGCCUACAAGAAGCUGGUGAAGAAAUUCCGCCAGAAGAAGCAACGCCAGUGGAUUGGCCCAACAGCAAUGAACCAGAACAUGUCUUUCCAUCGCAACCACACGGCAACCGUCCGGUCCCAUGUUGAGAACCGUACAGCCUCCCACGUGGAUAACGAAUACAGCCAACCUCCCAGGAACUCCUGCGUGUCAGCUUAUCCAGCUCUGGAAGGGGCCCUGCAGCGCUCCUCUGCACAACCUGACAAUUCCUCCGACAGUGACUACGAUCUCCACGGGGCUCAGAGGCUGUAAAGAGUGCUCCUGCCUCUUCUAUGCAGCAUCCACCCCUGUGCAUCCCUCUGCAGCCGCGGUGGUCAAAGGCUACGCACCUGGACACAAAGACAGCUCAGCGUGUUCACAGCAGCUGCCAGCCAGGGGGCUGGGUGGGCACCAAGGCUCCGUGUUUGUGAGGCCUGACCCACAGCCGUACCCAGUUCCCUCCAUCUUGUGACUCCCCUCCCCAACCCCCUCAUCUAAAGACUCCUUCCUCUCCGGAGAGCAGGGACCACUGGCUGUCGAGCCCACUGGGCACCAGUGCCACCCAGCGCCCUGCACAAAGGGGCACCUGGUAAACCCUAACCAACUUGCUCUUUGGCUUCACACAGCAGCAAAAAGUCCCAAGCUGAGGUGGUUUCAGCACAUCACAGUUCAUCUAACCCAAGAGUCUGAGCUGGGGCUGGUCACGUUCCUUCGGUUUAAAUAACUCCCUUGACUAAAAUAGACUCCUCUAGCACUCAGAGACCUUGGCUGUACACCUAAUCCUGUGGGGCCUCAGCUUCCUUAACUACGAGUGAGAGGAGGAGGUCUACCCAGGGACCUCAGGUCUGAUAAAGGGGAGGCCAGGCAGAGCUCCCUGUGGCAGCUCCCUAAGGUGGUGAAGCAACGUGGAAACACAUCUUGGGGCUGAGGCCUUUCUCCACGCCAUUUGAUGCUGUAUCUCCUGGGAGCACAGGCAUCAUUGGUCCAAGCCACAGAGGCUAAGUCUGGAAGAGCAAAAGGGAGUUACUCGGAUGUGGGGUGGGGUGUUCCCAUGAUCUGCUCAUCCGUCUGCCCCCACCAACACCCUCCAACCAGGCCUUGCCUUCUGAGAGCCCCCGUGGCCAAGCCCAGGUCACAGAUCUUCCCUUGACCAUGCUGGGAAUCCAGAAACAGGGACCCCAUUUAUCUGCCCAUAUCUGGUGGAGGUGAGGGGACUCCUCACAAGGGAAUUGAGAGGCUGCUGUUAGGGAGGGGCAAAGGAUCGGGGCAGCCGAUAUCUCCCAUCAGUUCCUUUUUUUCAUAAAACCUCUUUAAUCUGGGCCGGGCGCAGUGGCUCACACCUGUAAUCCCAGCACUUUGGGAGGCUGAGGCAGGUAGAUCAUGAGGUCAGGAGUUCAAGACCAACCUGACCAAGAUGGUGAAACCCCAUCUCUACUAAAAAUACAAAACUUAGCCAGACGCAGCGGCAGGUGCCUGUAAUCCCAGCUGCUUGGGAGGCUGACGCAGGAGAAUUGCUUGAACCCAGGCAGCAGAGGUUGCGCCACUGCACUCCAGCCUGGGUGGCAGAGUAAGACUCCGUCUCAAAAAAAAAACCUCUUUAAUCUAUAGUUUGGUCACCAUAGAGUGGCCUCAAAGCAACCAUGGCCUACUUAAAACCCAAACCCAAAAUAGAGUGUUUCGUUGAGGAGAAAUGAGUCUUUAGAAAACUGUUUUUCAACGGGUGGCAGGCUUGGGUGACGCAUUUCAAAAAGCUGUUUGGUGAUGCAAUGGAAUAGAACCGUUUUAGUCUUCAACGUGCCGCUGAAGAGUUGCUGCCUUGGCUGGUGAAGAACCCACUGCUCCCCCCACCAGUGCUCAGGGGGCUGUCAUCCGUCUCCCUCAGCUGCCGCGACCUCGACAACCUCCCCAUUCCUGCAGCCCAACAACCUGCUAGAGCCGGGCCACGGCUUCCACUCACCUGUGUGGCCCUCCAACCCUACCCAUUCCCUAAAUGACAUUCCCAGGUAAACCAUGUGACCUGGCCGAUGAGUGUUUGAGUGUGCAACCCCCGAUUCCAGCACAUUAGGUCAAGGAAACGAGGACCAAGCAACAAGUCUGGCUUUCAAGUUGUCAUAUAGCUGAGCAUGGUGGCUUAGAGCUAUAAUAACAGCACUCUGAGAGGCCAAGGUGGAAGGAUUGCUUGAAGCCAGGAGUUCCAGACCAGCCUGGGCAACAAAGUGAGACCCCAUCUGUACCAUAAAAAAAGUUUUUAAUUAGCUGAGCAUGGGGCCACAUGCCUGUAAUCCGUUCCUCAGGAGGCCGCUGCAGGAGGAUCACUUGAGGCCAGGAGUUUGAGGCUGCAGUGAGCCACGAUCUCACCAUUGCACUCCAGCCUGGGCAACAGCGAGAGCUCCUCUCUUAAAAAAAAAAAAAAAAAAAAAAGGCUGGGCACAGUGGCUCCUACCUGUAAUCCCAGUACUUUGGGAGGCUGAGUGGGCGGAUCACUUGAGGUUGGGAGUUCAGCACUAGCCUGGCCAACAUGGCAAACCCCAUCUCUACUAAAUAUACAAAAAAUUAGCCAGGCAUGGUGGCACACACCUAUAAUCCCAGCUACUCAAGGGGCUGAGGCAGGAGAAAUGCUUGAACCUGGGAGGCGAAGGUUGCAGUGGGCUGAGAUGGCGUCACUGCACUCCAGCCUGGGCGACAGAUGAGUAAGACUGUUUCCAAAAAAAAAAAAAAGUUGUCACACAUGCAGAGAUGUGGGAGUACGGCGUGGAACCGAGCUGUAGGGACAUGGAUUCACACGGCCUCACCAUAGCCAGCACCGCAAAGCGUCCUAAGUUAGGACUCUUUGAGACUCUAAGCUUGUCGCCUAGGGUCUGCCCCUGCAGGAAGUCCACUGUGGACUGGUGAAAGCGGCCAGUGAGCUCCUGGGGAUGCAGGGAGGAGGCAUGAGGAGUGCCUGUGUGUGCUGCCCUGAGGUCAGGUGGCCAGGGAGAGGGGGAGCAAAGAACACAGGGCAGACACGCGGGCUGACCAGCUGAGGCAGCUCGACGGUCCUUUCUUAGAAAGUCAACCCCUCUGUGCCCCCUGCCGCCA